AUGAUAUCUCUGGCUACCUCAUCGAGAAUAAAAUGCCGUCCAUCAGAACCCAUAGGGCGGCGCAAAUCCAUCCACUCGAUCAGCCCCGUAGCGGGCUCCAACUUCAGCGGCCAGAUCUCGUCCAAAGGCCCCGUGUACAAGAAGCUCAGCUCCGUACCCCUCAGCCCCAUGACGGCCACCAGAACCUCCUUCUCGCCCCCACCACCCAUCUCCUCCCCGUGGACGGAAGCCCUGGACAAACUCAACCACAACCACUCCUUCGAGAAUAAUUACGAAGAUAAAUUGUGCAAGAUCAAGAUGAAUUACCGAGCUCAGUUGGACCAAUUGUCCCAAGAUGCUCCAGCCCCUAAUCCGUGGGGGACGGUCAAGGUGAUCGACUUCGCUCAUGCGUUCUUCAAUGAAGAUGAGAAGACGGUGGAUUAUAAUUUCAAAGAGGGUUUGGAUAACUUUGUGAGUAUAUUCGAGAAUCUAUUGCGGGAGACAGACGAUCAGGUGUUUUGA